AUGCUUCUCUCUACUCUUUUGCUACCCAUCGCAGCGUCUCUCGUCUCGGCUGUUCCAGCAUCACACACUUCGAGCAGGCCGACUGUUUCCCUGGACUACACCACCGUCAAAGCAGCAGCAGGCAACGAGACGUUGGGAUAUUACAAGUAUCAGAAUAUUCGUUUUGCGGCUGUUCCUACAGGGAACCUAAGGUUCGCCAAACCCCGGUGGCCCUCUGUUGAGUCUGUCAUCAACAACGGCACAACAUAUGCUAGUUCCGAUGUGGAUUGUUCCUCUGAGGAGGACUGUCUCUACAUGGACGUGUGGGCCCCAGCCAACGCAAAAGGCAAGAAAUUGCCGGUCAUGGUUUGGACCUACGGGGGUGGAUUCACCGGUGGCUCCAAAUCGCAAAACACCCCUGAGGGUCUUUUCGAUCUGUCCAAGGAAUUUGUUUUCGUGGCCUUCAACUACCGCCUGGGAAUUACUGGCCUCGCCAACUCGGUGAGUGCAACUCACCAGGGCGCGACCGAUAAUGUGGCCCUGUACGAUGUCGAGCACGCCUUCAAAUGGGUCCAAAAAUAUAUCAGCAAAUUUGGCGGCAACCCAGACGACAUUACCUCCUUUGGCUUCUCCGCCGGAGCCAGCAUGCCCCUGUUCAUGAUCACGCGCUACGGCGGCCACAACGAGCAGCUCUUUCACAAGGCCUACAUCACAUCGCCUGGGUUCGUGCCCGGCGCCGGCCACCACCACGGCGAGAUGUUCUGGCAGAAUGUGUCCACGGCGGUUGGAUGCAAGGGAGGCGAUCUCUCAUGCAUGCGGCAUGUUCCUUUUGCCAACCUCAGCAGCGCGGCCAAUACCGUCUACGAGAAGUACGACUACCAGUUCCAGCCUCGCGUCGACGGCGACUUUGUGGCCGACACCUACGAGUCUCAGCUGUACCAGGGCCACUUUAACUGGACCGGCCCGCUGGUUAUCAGCCAUGAGCAACAUGAGAAUAAUGGUUCUCCUACCUCUGGCGUUAAUACGACUGCCGAUGUGAGGAGGGAACUCCGGACCUUUUUCCCCGGUAUUACCGAGGAUGCUGUCAAUGAUAUCAUGGCGCUUUACCCGGCUUCGGACUAUGCCAGCCCGGGCUACCGCUUUGCAGACAUGCGGCAGUCUUUUGAUCUGACGGCUCACAACUACGCGUUGACGCGGGCGCUGAACAACAAUACCUGGACCGCGAGGUGUUCUCUCGGUAGCGCGACCCAUGGCACUGACCAGAGCUAUUACUGGUAUAGCACUUACUCCCUUUCAUCCAGCAGCUCCAGCAGUAGCUCUGGUGGCCCUCCCGCGGGAGCAGGCAUAAACAUCUCCGGCGGCACCUCGGUCAGCCCUAGCGUUGCUCGGAAGAUGCAAAAAUAUCUCCUCUCUUUCGUGCUGACCGGCAACCCCAACACCAAGUGGGCCAGCGACAAGAUCCACUGGCCCAAGUAUGGCAGCAACAGCACCCAGCUUGUCUUCAACACGACUAUGUACACUGGCAAGGAUGAUCUGGCCAAUGCCAAGAGUUUGUACUGGAACAAGGCUCUGUGGUAUUAA